CAUGUCGUCGACGGAUCAAAUUGUAACUGCCGAGUCUAUUACUUGCUUGUCAUUGGUUGAUUCAUACACUAGAAAAACUGAUACGAAUAGAUCAGCUAGUGUUUGGAUAGGAACUUCAUUGGGUUCGGUUCUGGUCCUUACCCUAUCACCACCGACAGGUGGGGGAGCUGGGGAUGAAGAUAUUACCCUAAUGCCAUCACCAUCCGGCACGAUUUUCCGGUUGAAAGGAGCCUUAAUCUGCAUUUCAUUUUACGACGUGUUAACAGUACCAGUUUGUAGCAAUGACAAUUCAGUGGAAAAUUCCCAAACGACGCCUCCAGGACCUACUUCAACUACUUCCAGACAACGAAUACAAAGGCAACAGUCGGUGUCAUCAUCGCGCGCCAAAAUCUCGCCGACAACUUCACAAGAGCAAUCGAAUGAUAAACAACUCGUCAUUUUGUGUUCGGAAAAGCAAGCUCGUGUUGUUUCGCUGCCAUCUCAUCAGGUGGUUCACAAGGCCAAGUUGACAGAUUCGUAUGUUGUCGUUAGAGCUAAUGUUAUUCAAAUUAAAGAGACUUUAUGUCUUGUGGCAUACGUUUCUAAUGGACGAAUAAUGAUUUUGAGUAUUCCAUCUUUAAGGCCACUUGUGGACUUUGAUUACAUAACACCUCAGCUACCUGAGCAAUUUGCAUCUACAUUUUGUUUCUCAACUGGAGGUCAUGCUGCUCAUAUGUGCUCACCAAGCGAGCUGCAAAAAGUAACUUUAUGCAGUCAGUCGGAACAGUUCACAGAAUCUUUAUGUGAUUUGUACGUAAAUAAGGAGGCUCCGGUUGAGCGAAAACCAACGUUAUGGUCUAGUUUGAUUCGUAAGCCUGUCAAAGUUGAUAGGCAAGAACUAUUUGGAAACUGCAGUAAGUCUACAAGUAGAUCGGUAGCACAUCUUGUUAAAGGUAAUAAACUAAGUGCCGAAAAAGGGAGAGCCGACCAAGCAACGUCUGAAAUUCAAAAAGCAAAGAUGGCAGCAUUGGAAAGAGGUGAAAAACUGGGUAAAUUGGAAGAGAACACGGCUCAGAUGAUGGAUGCCGCACGUAAUUACGCCGAAAAUGCUCAUAACUUAGCUAAACAGAUGGAAAAACGAAAAUGGUAUCAAUUGUAA